AUGAGCGACUUCGAUGCAGCUAAUACCAGGAUCGUAACGAACCUGGCUCAUGUCGAUCAUGGAAAAACAACGCUUGUGGAUUACUUGCUUGCGGCGAACAAUAUCAUAUCGACCCGGUUGGCAGGCAAGCUAAGAUACAUGGAUAGUCGCGAAGAUGAGCAAGAGCGCGGUAUCACUAUGCAAAGCAGUGCGGUUGCCCUGAAUUUCAAGGUUAUGGAAAGAAAACCAGACGGAGGAAGCUCCCCAAGAAGUUAUAUCGUGAACAUGAUUGACACGCCGGGACACGUCGACUUCGCUAGCGAAGUUUCCACGGCGUCUCGUUUGUGCGAUGGUGCACUAGUCCUUGUAGACGUCGUGGAGGGUGUCUGCACCCAGACUAUUGCGGUCUUGCGCCAAGCAUGGGAAGAUCGUCUACGACCGAUUCUCGUAAUCAAUAAAUUUGACCGGCUCAUCACCGAACUCAAGCUCGCACCCAUCGAGGCCUAUCAUCAUCUGGCACAGUUGAUUGAGCAGGUCAAUGCGGUUAUGGGUGGUUUCUUUGCGAGUGAACGCAUGGAGGAUGACUUGCGUUGGCGAGAAGAGCGCGAGCGUCGCCUUGCGCAGAAGAAAGAGGCCCAAGCUGAGGAGGCCGAUGCCAUCGUCAACGAAGAGGUGGAAUUCCAAGAGAAAGACGACGAAGAUAUCUAUUUCGCACCGGAACGGGGCAAUGUUGUCUUUGCAUCUGCCUUGGAUGGAUGGGGCUUCCGGGUUAGCAAAUUCGCGCAGCUCUUCGCGGUCAAGCUGGGGAUGAAAGAGGCCAAUCUGCGGCGCGUUCUCUGGGGGGACUUCUACCUGGAUCCGAAGACGAAAAGGGCCAUUAGUCACCGACAUCUGCGUGGUAGAGCUCUGAAACCACUUUUCGUGCAGCUUGUGUUGGAGAACAUCUGGGCUGUAUAUGACUCGGUUGCCCUCAAUCCGAAUCCCGACAAGGUGAUCAAGAUUGUCGCUACGCUUGGUCUAAAGAUUCCGCCCCGUGACCUGAAGUCCAAAGAUUCGCGACAUCUCCUAUCCAUGAUAUUCUCUCAGUGGCUCUCGUUAUCCACCUGCAUCAUUCAAGCAAUCAUCGACGUCGUUCCUGCGCCGUCGGUCGCGCAGCGCACUAGGAUACCUAAGAUGCUACACCCGGACUUGCGCGAACCCACCGUCCAGCCGAAGAACAAGCUUGAAAAGGAUCUGUUCUCAUGUGACUCCAGCCCCGAUGCGUCUCUGGUUGCUUAUGUUAGUAAAAUGUUCGCCGUGCCCAAGAAACACUUCCCCGAAAACAAGAGGAAAGCGCUCACCGCGGAGGAAAUGCGAGAGAAGGCUCGAGAGGCACGAUUGGCCCGUCAGGCGGCCCCUGAGACGGCAUCAGAUUCAGUGACAGUCGAGCCGUCGGAGAACGGCGGCGGAUCAAAUACGCCGGAUUCAAUGGAGGAUAUUCUCGAAGAAGAUGAAGCACUCCUCGGGUUUUCUAGGCUAUACAGUGGCCGUAUCCGCGUUGGGACGCAUAUAUACGCUCUUCUGCCGAAGUACAACGAUAAAGUUGACCCCACGGACCCGGUAAACGUCAAGCACAUCGUUUUUACGGUAGUCGAGGGUCUGUACACCAUGAUGGGCCGGGAGCUCGUCGCGGUUGACGAGGUCCGUGCUGGUAGCAUCUUCGCUAUCAAGGGCCUCGAAGGUAAAGUAUGGCGGAAUGCCACUCUCUGUGCGCCCAGCUCUGUGGGCGUGGACUUGGAGAAGGGUUUUGAACAACUUAAGGGAUGCUCCGUGAACCUUGGUAGAGUGCACUCAACGGUUGCGCCUAUUGUGCGCGUUGCCCUAGAGCCCGAGAGGCCUGCUGAUAUGCCAAAACUCGUUCGAGGGUUAAAGUUGCUCAGCCAAGCGGAUCCAUGCGUCGAAACAUUCCAACAGCACACAGGAGAACACGUUAUCCUGACUGCUGGAGAAUUGCACCUUGAGCGUUGUCUGAAAGACCUUCGGGAACGGUUUGCAAGAAUUGAAAUACAGGCCUCAAAGCCGAUCGUACCCUUCCGCGAGACCGCCGUUAAGGGCGUUGAAAUGGCGCCACCAAAGACACCCGAUGCACCUCGAGGGACGAUCCACGGUGCAAGUGUCCGCAAUCUAGUGACCUUCACUGUCCGCGCCGUACCUUUGGCCCAACCCAUCAUUGAAUUCCUGCUCGACAACUCUACGGUCUUGAAAGCUAUCCAAGAAGGUCGCACUGACCAGGGACGACAAUUUGAACAGGCAGAGACCGAUAACACACUCGAAGCAGAGGGCGGUCUUCAAGCUCACACCGAUGCUUCUCGGAGUGCGACCGUUCGUGCUGAAAACUUUUGGACAGCUUUCGAAGAGAAAUGCAAGGAGGUGGGCGGUGAAUGGGCAGAGGUGGCGAGUCGAGUUUGGGCCUUCGGACCACAGAGGACAGGAUCUUGUCUUCUCGUCGAUUCCACUAGCUCAACAGUGUCGACAUCGCUGAUGCGGCGUCUGGCCAAGCUGCGUUCCACGGGCAACGAGCACAUCGAAGAAGACAAACUUGCACUCGAUUUCCAUUCAUACUUGGAAACUGGCUUCGAGUUGGCGACGUUCCAAGGGCCGCUGUGUGCCGAGCCAGUAAUGGGAAUGGCCUACUUCAUCCAAGCAUUGCAAGUCGACAGGACUGGGAUCGAGGAAGAGCGUCAACAAAAUCGAAUCGCGCAAGUUACCGGCUCCUUCAUCUCGGCGGUCAAGGAUGCUUGCAGGAACGGUUUUCUGGAUUGGUCACCAAGGCUGAUGCUCGCCAUGUACACUUGUGACAUUCAGGCAUCCACUGAUGUCCUCGGCAAGGUGUAUGGCGUGGUUGCGAAACGGCGUGGUCGGAUCAUUGCUGAAGAGAUGAAAGAAGGCACGGCCUUUUUCACUGUUCGCGCAAUGCUGCCGGUGGUGGAGAGCUUCGGUUUCGCUGAUGAUAUCCGCAAACGGACAUCCGGCGCUGCAAGUCCACAGCUCAUUUUCAGCGGCUACGAGCUAUUAGACGAAGAUCCCUUCUGGGUGCCCACUACCGAAGAAGAGCUGGAAGAUCUCGGAGAGAAAGCUGACCGAUCGAACGUGGCAAAGGCUUACAUGGACAGCGUGCGAGAACGCAAAGGUAUGUUCGUGGACCGCAAGAUUGUCGAGUUUGCGGAGAAGCAGAGGACUUUGAAACGCUGAGGAGUAUUCGGUGUCUCGCUUUCGUUGACAAUGCCAGUGGGUAUGAAUAGGCAGAGUUUGGUGUAUGUACAAUUGUCGCAUAAGGCAUGUAUUGUGUGGGACCUAGGCGGACCCAGAUCAGCGCCAUGUAAC